CCCGUUUCGGCCGCAGGUGGAGACGCCGCGGCGGCCCGAGGAGCAGCCGGAGUCGCCGGGCGCGGAGGCGGCGGAGGCGGCGGAGGCGGCGGAGGCGGCGGAGGCGGCGGAGCGGCCGUGAGCGGCAUGGCGGGCCUGGAGGUCCUGUUCGCGUCGGCCGCGCCCUCGCUCAGCUGCGCGCAGGACGCGCUCGUCUGCUUCCUGCACUGGGAGCUGGUCACGCACGGCUACUCCGGCCUGGGCGCCGGCGAGCAGCCAGGUCCCAGCGAUAAGAAAUCAGAACUUCUGCCUCCCGAGUGGAACAGCAACAAAGACCUGUAUGUCCUCCGGUAUGAGUCUAAGGAUGGGUCCAAAAAACUCCUCCUAAAGGCCGUCACCGUGGAGAACAGCAUGAUCAUCAACGUGCUGGAAUGUGGCUCACAGCAAGUGUCAGACUUGACCCUGAAUUUGGAUGAUUAUAUUGAUUCAGAACACCUGGGUGACUUUCACAGGGCCUACAAGAACAGCGAGGAGCUUCGGUCUCGUAUCACCUCUGGAAUCAUCACACCUAUCCAUGAGUCCUGGGACAAGGCCAGCGUGAACAGUCCCCCCCGGGAGUUUCCCCCUGCCACUGCCAGAGAGGUGGACCCACUUCGGAUUCACCCGCACCACCCCCACACUGGCCGGCAGCCUCCCUGGUGUGAUCCCCUGGGCCCGUUUGCUGUCGGGGGAGAAGACCUAGACCCCUUUGGGUGCCGGAGAGGCGGCAUGAUAGUGGACCCCCUGCGAUCUGGCUUCCCAAGAGCAAUUAUCGACCCAUCCUCUGGUCUCCCCAACCGGCUUCCUCCAGGCGCGGUGCCACCCGGAGCCCGCUUUGACCCCUUUGGGCCCACUGGCACUAGCCCAUCCGGACCCAACCCAGAUCACCUGCCCCCACCGGGCUACGACGACAUGUUCCUGUGAAGGCCUCAAGAAUGUAACAACUCAGCAUUCCUUCCACUCUCCUGGAGCCGCCGCCACGGGUCGGCACCUGUGUGCUGGUGGGCUGGGGUUGCCUCCCCGCCCCCGGUCAGAGCCAAGAUACCUCCCUGCCACGUGCCACCUGGUUGCACCUAGGUGCCAGAGAGAUCCUGCAUCUCGCUGGGCGCCAGCUCCUCCCACUCCCCACAAGAGAACUCCGACAGCAGUAUGCCCUCCACCCGAAGCGAUCCUGGUUGCAGUGCUGUAAGAACGGAACGCAUUUUGGAUGCUAUUAUUAAGAACCAAAUGUCAAUACAGAAAUCGUGUUGCCGGUCUCCCACUCUCCUUUCUUGCUCAGCUCCUCCCAGUUGUGAGAUUUUAGAAUCUUAGGCAUCCACAUGACUUCUCCCACCCAGGGCCCAUUUCUUUUCAGGCCCCUCCCCAGCAUAAGUAACUCUUUCUCACUGAGGUGGGCCCCAGUGUGGCUGCACGGAUAGACACGAGUGCCUGGAAACCCCAGAGGCCAAUACAGUAACUUUCCCAGAGCCAGGAGCCAGGCACUGGCCGUGCGGAAGACCACGUUGUGCUGAUGGGCAAAAGCCUCCACUUCGGCCCCCAGCCGGGCGUCUCUGUCCAUCCUGGGCCUCGGCGGUCAGUAACAAGGAUUAAGUAGCAGACACGAAGGCCAGUCUCAUUCCUGCUGUUUGCCACUGCGUGAACUUAAGGAAGCCCCUUUCCUUCCCAGGGCCUUUUUUGCCAGCAUAUAAAAUCCUGCAUAAAACAUUGGUCCUCUUCUGUCUGUGACAGUGCCUGAGACCUGGGCCAGAGGGAAAGUGAAGGCUCAAGGCGUGGCGCCAGACUUACCUGUGAGUUUAUUACUCCGUGGGUCCAGAGUACUUAUUACUCCCUGGGGUCCACACCGGGGCCCCAUCUCCAUCGAGCGUGUUGGGGCACUUGGGGAGGAGCAGGGGGCCAGCCUGCAGGAAGGCGUUUCAGCCCAGCGAGCCCCGGCCCCAGCAGCCUGGGCCUCUCUCUGUCAGGGCCCUCGGACCUUCAGCCUUCUCCAGCAGCCCUUGCAGACAGAGGCCGGCCUGGGCUGGAAAGAGCACAGAGCCAUCGAGGCAGUAGUCACCGCCACGCCAUAACUAACAUUCCCGCCGCAGGUGGGCCCUGGCACUGCUCAGACCGCCCCCAGCCCCUGACUUCUCUGCUCUGGAGAAGGACCCCCAGAGGAGGCAGUGUGACCACCAGAGUCUGCAGACCUCAAAGGCCAGCAGUGAGUGGGAUGUUUCUGUUUGGAAACUGGGUCAUGCUGCUUAAAGAACUUAGGACAGUUUGUUCAUGAAAACAUCCUUUAUUUUAAAAGGGAGCAUUUAAAGGAACAUCAGGCCAGGGACCAGCCAAUAAACAGGGAAGGGAAAUAACUUUUGGAACCCCAAUUCAAGGAAAAGCCCAAGAUUGACACCAUACAUUCUACCCCUUGCAUCGUGUUGUUGCCAAAGCUGUACAGAUUAGUCCUACGUGUUUCUGCUCCCCAAAAGCAGAAACUAGUGAUUCAUUUGCAGAAUCAGCCUUUUUUUUUUUUCUGCGUGAGCCUCCUUGCAUCAAGGACACUGAGGAACCUGAUCGUUUUCCUGUGGCAGCACGAGGGGAGGGAAAGGGACCUGUAAACAGCUCACUUCCCUCCUUCAGGAUGCAGCCAGGGGGAAUGGUUCAGGUCUAUGUUGUCUGGAACUCAAAAAGUUGUAGCCUUCAGCAAUAAAUAUCAACAGUAAUAAACUAUUCCUCUCUAAGAACCACCACCAAAAAAGCCAGUUAGCUUUAUUGGGCUGUAACUCCCAUCCUAUAAUGUUUGCCCUUUUUAUAGUGUGCUAAUCGGUGGUCCUCAGUCUAUUCAGUGCUCUGUGUUCAUCGCCAUGUUUAAUUCCUGGACAUUUCCACCACCCCCAGAAUAAAAACCCCACACCCAUUAACAACUACCAGCAGUCCCCCACUCCUCUCAGCCUCAGGCAACUAUGAAUCUAUUCUACAGCUAUUCUGAACAUUUCUCAGUAGAAUCACACAAUAUGGGGCCUUUUGUAUCCGGUUUCAUAACAUUUUUAUAGCGUUCCUCCAUGAUGUAUCUGUCAGUAUUCCCUUUUUAUGGCCAAAUAGUAUUCGAUUGUAUGGGGUAUACACAUUUUUUCUUAUCCAUUUACCAGCUGGUGAACCAUUGGAUUGUGUCAAUUUUCAAGCUAUUAAUAAUAACACAGCAGUGAAGAUC